AUGGUGAGAGUCGGUGGCAGUUUUACGUGGCCACCACGAGGACUUUAUGCUGAGAAGAUCGAACGGCUGGUGCUGGUUGCUGGAGGCGUGGGCAUCAAUAGACCAAAGGAGAUCCACUUCCUUUACGGCACUAAAGCUGGGUCGUCAGAUCCGGACCCACAGACCAUUCUGUUUCUUCCUCGUCUUUUGGACUUGGUAGCAGCCAUUGACCAGCCUAUCAACAUCACGCUAUCACUCUACCUCACAGAUCUAGGCCACAGCGCCCGAGGCUUGCUCGAGCAUGGCAAGCUUCCCAACCGAACCUUUGGCCGCCGCAUCGCGGAAACGGAUCUUGUUGGCGCACUAGAUGGCUGGAAGGAGGGUUUACCGGGUGGUGAAGGGAGACAUAGGACUGUGUGCUAUGUUUGUGGGCCGCAGAAGAUGACUGAUGAAUUUGUUGGGUUUCUGGCAAAGCAGGGUGGCAUGGGUCCUGAGCGUGUGCUAUGCGAAAAGUGGUGA